CGCCAACUUGCCCGGGUAUAUGAUGGAAUGGAACGGCAUAUCAUUCCUGCUACUUUAUAGGCCUACAACCCUUCAGUUACUGUCCAUCGAUACGGAAGCUCCCGAGUAAUCAGCAUAUUUAGGAUGGUCAGCGUAUCUGUCAAAGCGCCCGGCAAGCCUGCCACUCAGGUCGACUUUCCUGGAAAGACCGCCGAGCAGGUGACAGUGCUUGAUCUCAAAAAGGCCAUCCGUGCUAGAGGCAUCAAAAUCGCCGAACUUCGUCAACGUUUGAGUCUUCCGGAUGCUGCAGACCCCAAGGCGAGGCCGGCAGUCUUGUCAGAAGACACGCAUUCGCUCGCCAAGUACGGGAUCAAGGAAUCUGGCAGUGAGGUUAGAUGUAAAGAUCUCGGUCCGCAGAUCGCAUGGAGGACGGUUUUCUUGGCGGAAUAUUUCGGACCCAUAGUCAUCCAGCCGCUGCUCUAUCACUUGUCCACCAAAGGCCACACUCUGUACGGCGCUCUGCACAAAGCUGGGCUCUCUUUCCUCGAAGCCACUCCCGCAUACGAGCCAUCGACGUUGCAAAAGACCGUCCUAGCUCUGAUCGUAUUGCAUUACGUCAAGCGUGAAUACGAGACCGUCUUUGUCCACAAAUUCUCUCACGCCACCAUGCCGUUCCGAAAUAUCUUCAAAAACUGCAGCCACUACUGGUUGUUGUGUGGGGUGAUGACCGCCGCUUCCUUCUUCCGACCUCAAUACGGUGCUGCCGCUGUCAAAGGGACCGUCUUUGACAAUCCGAUCUGGAUCGGAGCUUGGUCUCUGCUCUGGGUCUAUGGAGAGUUUUCCAACUAUUUGACGCACAUGAACCUUCGUAGCAUCAGGACUCCUCCUGGUCAACCUCGAAACUUCCCCAAGGGAUACGGUUUCGAUCAAGUCACCUGUGCCAACUACUGGUUCGAGUCCCUCACUUGGAUCGCUCUUACCGCCAUGACCUGUGAUGGAAGCUUCGCCUUGUUCACGGCGGUCUCUGUCGGGCAAAUGCUGCAGUGGGCUUUGAAGAAGCACAAGACUUACCGCAAGGAACACGGGAAGAAUUAUCCCAAGAGGAACAUCAUGAUCCCCUAUAUCUGGUAGAUGCGGGAGUCACGACAGGAUGUGAUGUACCGUGUCACUAUAUGCUAUAUGUAUGCAUCCUGUGAUAACGGCGAUCAU